AUGAGAGAGGUCAACUUCAGCAUUCCCAAUGUCAACAAGGCCUCGGUCCAUAUCACCACCACCCUCUAUGACCGUCGAGCUCUGGACUGUACUUCUACCCUCCCUCUCAUCAACUCUCUUAACCAUCUCGCCUAUCUGACGACCUCAUCUGCCCGCAUUCGAGAUAUUCUCACCGUUGACGGCGGCAUUGAACGCUUGGUAUGCAUACUGAAAGAGGGCAGGAGCAAAGAUGAGAUGCAUAUGUGGAAAUGGAACCUUGCAUUCCAAUGCAUUGUCAAUAUAGGAGUUCGAGGUUCUGAAAAUGUCCGUACCCGUGUGGUGGAAGCGGACAUGGUCCCAGUGAUUGCAACAAUUCUGUGGGACUACAUUUUGGUGAUCGAAAUGGAGAAGGCCAAGGCCGAUGCCGAACAGGAAAAGCGCAAUGGUUCAAAGCAUUGUGGGAGUUCCAAGACAUCGAAACACUCACGGGAGGUGAUACAGGAUACCGCUGCGCGGACUUCAUUCUUCGAGCACCUGAACGCUGCCGCAGAUCAGCGGUCAACACGCCGACAAGCUCCUCCCCCGUCGCUCGACCUGCCCCAAUCCUUUUCCCAAGCGUUUGGCGCCGCUGAUACUGGUCCUGUGGAGGGAGCUACUCCUUCCACCAUUUUCACCUCGCCGCCGGAACGAACUGUUUUUCCUCGUCGUGACUUGCGGCAUCAAAACCGGAGUCAUGAAAAUAGAGGCUCUCUCCACAGAUCUGUCACCCUGCAACCUCCGGCUACUGCUGUUCCUCCGAUGGAUACUUCCGAUGGAUUCUCGUUACGACCGGUGCGUGAAGUGGACAGACUGCCGUCGAUGUUACCUUCUCUCAAUACGGGCGUAACGUCGCAUCCCGAUUCACCCACCACGCCUUCAGCCCCAAUUUCUCGAGGGCUGCUCUCUCCCAUCGGCCGCCGUCUUAGGAGGCCAUCCAUACGUCACCAAAACUCCACCGGUGACGACCCGGACGAUGUUGUUUUGGACGACAUCACCGGGACCGAAGAAGAUAUUGUUGACCCCGAUCGUACAGUCGAAGGCCAAAGCAGAGCACAGACCCGAGAACCUAGUCCUCAUGUUCCUAGUGAUGUUGAAGAGCGCCAAUCUCUAACACUAACAAUUCCACCCAGACAAGACCAAGAAAUCGAUAAUGUUGAUAUUGCUCAGCAAACCCCAAUUGUUGCCGGGAUGGCGAAUCCGUUGGGACCCGCAGCACAUGAGGCCAUAGGAGUGUCUCCUCUCCCGAAUGUGCCUGCCACCGCGGCAUCCCCUGCAAUUCCUCUCAACGCAUAUCCCAACUUUUUUCUGCGAAACGCCACCGCCACAACCUCGACGACGGCAUUGAUGCCCCGGGAUGAGGAUGUCUUGAUGGGUCUGCAGUUGCUGGCUUACAUCUCGAAGUACUGUUACCUUCGCCAUUAUUUCCAGAAAACCCAUCUUGUUCCUAGGCUGCGUAUUGACCGCGAAGUCGAACGUAUCUAUGGGCCGAUAAGGGGCGAACCUCUGCCAGAACCCACCGAGGAUGAGGAUGAAGAGUUCUUACAGCCCGAUGACUAUAACAUAUUCCCCUUGGUGGAAAAGUUCACUGUUCGACAUCACUCAAAGGACAUGCAGUACUGGGCGUGCGUGGUUAUGCGCAAUCUUUGUAGGAAAGAUGACGCCAGGGGAGGCAUACGUCAGUGUGCAAACUACCAAUGCGGAAAAUGGGAGGAGUAUACGCGGCAAUUCGCGAAAUGCAGACGUUGUCGGCGGACUAAGUAUUGCAGCAAGGAAUGCCAACGCGAAUCAUGGAGCAUGCACAGGCACUGGUGUCACCUUGAAAAUGUCUAUUUAAGCAGGCGAUCAAAUGCAUGA